CACUGGAAAAAUUUAUUGAUUUGUCUAUUGGAAAUUUAAGGUUACAUAAUUUCGGGCGGACGUUGUCUCUAAUUUUUCGCCCAAGUGCUCUAUUUAAUUCAAAAUGUUGGGGGCAGUAAGUAGAGUUGGAAGCGGGUUUUUAGCUGCUAAAGGAGUCGCCGAAAAAGCCAUCAAUGAAUGCGGGAAAGUUGCUGCAGUCACCGUUAACAGCAAAAGAGAUUAUGCAGCCAAAGCGGGCAAAGGACAAGGUAAGGUGGUUGCAGUUAUCGGCGCUGUCGUGGAUGUACAAUUUGAAGACAAUCUACCACCAAUUCUAAAUGCUCUCGAGGUGCAGAAUCGUACACCAAGGCUCGUGCUCGAAGUGGCGCAGCAUUUGGGUGAAAAUACUGUCCGCACCAUUGCUAUGGACGGUACUGAAGGUUUGGUCCGUGGUCAACCUGUAAAUGACUCUGGCUCGCCAAUCCGUAUUCCUGUGGGAGCUGAGACCCUCGGCCGUAUCAUUAAUGUUAUCGGAGAACCCAUUGAUGAACGUGGCCCCAUUCCGACUGACAAAACCGCUGCUAUUCACGCUGAAGCUCCCGAAUUCGUCGACAUGUCUGUACAACAAGAAAUUUUGGUCACUGGUAUCAAGGUUGUAGAUUUAUUGGCUCCAUAUGCUAAAGGUGGUAAAAUUGGCUUGUUUGGCGGAGCUGGUGUGGGCAAGACUGUAUUGAUUAUGGAGUUGAUUAACAAUGUUGCUAAAGCUCACGGUGGUUACUCUGUAUUUGCUGGAGUAGGUGAACGUACCCGUGAAGGCAAUGAUUUAUAUCAUGAAAUGAUUGAGUCUGGUGUCAUCUCACUCAAGGAUAAAACAUCCAAAGUAGCUUUGGUAUAUGGUCAGAUGAAUGAGCCCCCAGGUGCUCGUGCCCGAGUUGCUCUAACUGGAUUGACUGUUGCCGAAUAUUUCCGUGACCAAGAAGGACAAGAUGUACUACUUUUUAUUGACAACAUUUUCCGUUUCACUCAGGCUGGAUCUGAAGUGUCUGCUCUGCUGGGUCGUAUUCCCUCUGCCGUAGGUUAUCAGCCAACUCUAGCCACUGAUAUGGGUACUAUGCAAGAACGCAUUACCACUACAAAGAAAGGUUCCAUUACAUCUGUGCAAGCCAUCUAUGUACCAGCUGAUGACUUAACAGAUCCCGCUCCUGCCACCACAUUCGCUCAUUUGGAUGCUACCACUGUAUUGUCUCGUGCUAUUGCAGAAUUAGGCAUUUACCCUGCUGUGGACCCUCUUGAUUCCACAUCCCGUAUCAUGGACCCCAACAUUAUUGGUGCUGAGCACUACAAUGUUGCACGUGGCGUUCAGAAAAUUCUCCAAGAUUAUAAAUCACUCCAGGACAUCAUUGCUAUCUUGGGUAUGGAUGAGUUAUCUGAAGAAGACAAGCUGACUGUUGCUCGUGCACGUAAAAUCCAAAGGUUCCUGUCACAACCUUUCCAAGUGGCGGAAGUUUUCACUGGACAUGCUGGUAAAUUGGUACCUCUUGAGGAAACAAUCAAGGGCUUCUCCCAGAUUCUCGGGGGCGAGUAUGAUCAUCUACCAGAGGUUGCCUUCUAUAUGGUUGGACCCAUUGAAGAAGUUGUUGCAAAGGCUGAGACCCUUGCUAAGAAUGCUUAAUUAUCAUUGUUAUGGAUGGAAGAGACAGUAAUUGUAUUUCUAAAUAAAUAGUAAUAUUUAAUCA